AUGGCCGCCCUACCAGCCAUGCGGCAGCUGGGCUGUCUGAGGUCGCUGAUGAGGACUCCCAAGUUUUCGCCAAUGCAUCUCAGCAGCCGAUUUAUCUCGACCGUGUAUUCCAAAAAGCCCGAGCCGAUUCCUUUCCCUCAGAAUCUCCCCCAGCAAUUCCGAUCCCAAAUACCGAUCCGCCUGCAACCUGAGCAGGCGCCCAAGAAGAUGAAGGUCUACCCGCCCCCGCCGUCCAGCCGCGCCGUAUGCAAAGAUCCUGUUGCCCAUGUCGCCCAAUCGCAAAUGGCCGUUCUCGAUCCCAAUGGCGAACGGAAGGCACUUUUUGACUACCGGCGAAACCCACGAAGUGUGAAGCCGGGCGAUAUUGUCCGGGUCACCUUCAAGAACGGGGACCCUUUCAACGGCGUGGUUUUGAGCAUUCGGCUCCGCGGUGUGGACACUUCAGUUCUACUGCGAAAUGAACUCACUCGGGUUCCCGUUGAGAUGUCGGUGAAGACAUUCAGUCCCAAUGUGCAAAGUGUGGAAAUCAUUCAGCGAUCCCAGAGGAAGACGAGAAGAGCCCGGCUGUACUACAUGAGGUUUGUGCUCGAACUGCUCGGCUCCCCCCCAGAAAACCUUCUCCAAUUUCGCGCCCUUUACUGA